CAGUAGAAUGCAUGUGAUAGUCGAACGUAAACAAGCGGUAAUGUGAACGAGAUAAUCCCAGUUACACUGGUUGCACUGAAUUACACACAAGGAGUCGAUCCACGAGGCGAGGUGCAUAUGGUGCAUAUGCCUGAUAAUCAAAGAUAACGGAGGCUGCUGAAAUACUUCUUCGACUCGCGAAGAUCGAACGACACCGUGUCCCGUCCAGUGGCAUCCAGUCAUACAGAUCAAUGAGGUCCCUGUGUACGAGGCUACAUACGUACAGCAAUGAGACGCAGACGAGAGGAUCGAUAGGUGAGAAAGAUCGUGGUCACGGGGUACAUGGGGUAUGGAAAAGGAAAGUAGAGGAACGGCAGCGUGGCGAGAGUGAAACAGAGAUUUGGUGAGUGCGAGUGGUUGCUCGCUCCUCGGGGUGGCAAGUGUCGAGGGUGGGCGGAGUGGGCGGCGAUGGUCAGGCGGUGAGCAUAAAGAGGAUAGGAUAAUAUCGGUGCGCGACCUCCGGCAGUGGCUUCAAGUUCGCCGCUUUAAUACCGGCAGAUCUACGAUGUAGUUAUGCCGAAGAAAAGUACCAGGCAUGUGAGAGAGUCGGGGCUAACGAAAAGUUCUCAUCAUAAAAGCACCAGUCUCGGAGCAACGCCGGAACCGAAAACGAAACACUUUCGUAGCGUUCGUAUCGGUCUCACCAACGGGAAACGUUGGCUCUCUCUCAAAAAACGCUUAGGCCUGUCGACAGAUGAAGAUGUUGCGGUUUAUCUCCUGGACCUCGCCGAAUCCUGUUCCAGACACGAUGCUAAAUGCGGUGAAGGGGAAGAAAGGGAGAUGGGUCAGGAUAAGAAGAACAAAACGGAAGAGAUGCCGAAUGAAGAUUUGACAGAAGAUACCGGGGAGUUUGUUCGUCGAAGCUUAAGGAAACAAACCGCUGUUAGAUCCGUGGAACCUGAAACACCUGAACUUACCGUUGACAAGGGACGGGCUAAGUCGUCGAACGACGCCGAAAUUCACGUUAGACGUAGCUCGAGGUCCAAACAUCAUAAGAACAAGGCCAAACACCAUAAGGACAAAAAGAAAAAGAAGAAACAUCUGAAGGUUGAGAAUGUUGUCCCACCGCUGGAACCUGUGAAACAGUCAUCCAAUGAUACGACGUCUGGAGAUGAACAAAUUUCCAUUAAAGAUAACUCUAGAUUAGGUAACGAAAUAGAAGCAAAAUCGAAUUUAACGAACAGUCUUCAGCUUAAUAGGAAGACAGUUGAAUCUGUUAUUACAAAGACUGAACAUAUAGAUAGCAUAGAGUAUAUAGAUAAUGUAAAUAUUAACAAAAAUGUACUUUAUCAUGAUAUCGAGAAUGUUGAUAUGGAGAGAAUUAUUAUGAUUAGUGGUAAGAACGAGCGAUUGAAAUCUAGUAGUUCAGCGACAUCUUCCCUUGCUCCGAACAUCGAUGAAACUGCUGCAGAACCAAUCUCGAAUAUAAUAGACACAGCAUCGAUCACAUCUACUCAUGUUGAAACCACCGAAGCGAGAGAUGACAAGAAUAUUUUAAGUAACUCCGAUAGUUCAAGCGUUAACGUGAGCACGGUUCACGAAACGGAUGAUCGGAAAUUGAAGAAAAAACGGAAACGACUGAAAUAUGAGAUUGAGGAAGAGAACGACGACGAGAACGUGAAAGAGGAUUCAUCGGAGGACAUCAUAGACGAGUCCGUUCAUAGGCAUAGGAAGAAGAGACAUAAACACACCACUGAACAUAAAAAUCGCAAACACCAUGACGUGCGCAAAGCACCGCAGGACGGAAUAGUUACUCAAGAAGAGAAGAACUGUGAUUCUACGGCUGAUAAUGCGACUCCAGUUACGCUCGAAAAGCUUCAAACUGAAACGAACACUGAGAAUUUAAUGUCUGAACCUCAGAGGCUGGCUAUUAAAAUCAAGCUAUGCCAGGAAUGCAAUAAUCGUCAUCUGCAAGAUGCUUGCCCUUUGACGACACCUCAGUACGCUAUUCCAGAUUCCAUAUCGUACGAAGAUUGGUUGAAUAAACACAAAAAUAACCCAGAAGUUCUAAAGGCAAUAAAAUCCGACGAUCCUAUGUCCGAAGGAUAUGGGAAGGUGACGGAAGACAGUAACGAGUCAGACGAUGAUUCUAUAUUGGUCGAGCAAUGUAAAACAAAAACGAAGAGUCAAAAAGAAGAGAAACAGUUAACGAUAGAUGUGGACCGACCAUUGUACGCUAGAGAAUCGUUGCCUGAAUGUUUCGAGCUGAAGAUCGCCAACUCGGAACAUGGACUUGGGAUAUAUGCGAACAGUUCUGUUCCCAUGCAUGUUAAACUGGGUCCUCUCGUUGGAAGGCCAGUCAAAGAAAUGGACAUUCCCGAUGACUUUCCCAUGAGACAUAUUUGGGAGAUAGAUAAUAAUGGUAAAACUUCGUACGUAAGCACGACUGAUCCAUUACAGAGUAAUUGGAUUCGUUAUAUCAGACCAGCCGAUACGAAAGAGGAACGAAGUGUAGCUGUCAUAACGACACAAGGAGAAUUGCACCUUGUCACUACACAAAAUAUUGUAUCAGGCAUGGAACUGACUUACUGGGCAGACUCUCAAUCUUCUGCGUGGACGCGGAAGAACAAAGUAGACAAAACAAAUUGUGGAGGAUGUAAUUUAAAUUUCACCCAUCCGAUAUAUUAUCGUCUACACUGCUGCAUUUUCCACGAUACUAAUUAUAGUUUAACUAUAAGGAAAUAUCAUUGCAAGGUGUGUGGAGCUGCUGUUUUGGGCAAAGAUAAUAUAAUGAAACAUGCAGCGGAAUUACACGCUGGUCGGGGCGCGUAUCAAUGUCAAUAUUGCAAAAAGUUCUUUCUACGAUUGAAUUAUCUCGAGAUGCAUCGUACCUACGGCUGCGCACAGAAUCCGCAGCGUUCGAGACCAUUGUGCGACUUCUGCGGGCGUAAAUUUUGUCAACCGCAAAAGUUAAAAGUGCACAUUAAACGAAUGCACAGCGAUAUGUCGGAGGUCCUCCGAGAGUUCCAGUGCAAGUUGUGCCUGAAACUCUUAGGUUCCCGUGCUGCUCUUCAACGCCAUAUGAAAGAGGUCCAUCACAAGGACGUGGUCGGCGCCGCGACUUGCGAUCGAUGCGGAAAAAUGUUUCAGAACAAGAGUAAUCUCAAAAUACAUAUGUUGACGCACAGCGGUGUAAAACCGUUCAAGUGCAAAGAAAAUAGUUGCAAAGCAGCUUUUACAACUAAACAAUGCCUGCAAUUUCAUUACAAGAAAGUGCACGGUCUUACGGAGGAGAUGAUGCCGAAGAUCGAACGUUCGGUCGCUUACACCUUCGACGCGUACAGCGGUGGACUCGUCGAAGACGUUGGCCGCGGAAAGACUCCGCGUCCUACUAGAAGAAUCUCUCGUCAAGAAAAUAACAGCAACGAAACGUCCAUGGACGAAGACAGCUCGAAGAAUGAUCUUAAGAUCGAAGAAACGGCCAAUAAUUCUACGCAUUCGAUCGUAGCCGAGUUCGAAACUAGUUCCACGCCCAAAUACAAAGUCGAACACAAUCCACGAAUUUCGUCGCCACCGCUUCCAAUGAAUGCGUCGUCGAUACCUAGCAGCCUGGAGGCGCCAAUGGAAACCAUUCGCACGGACGCAGAUAUCUACGGUGUUUCCAGAAUGCAAAGUAAAGGCAGUAAAAAGUGGCUUGGCGAGUUUAAUCCUCCGAUUGCAUCGGACAUAUCCGUGGGACCUAACGCGAUGUCUCAUAUGCCAACAAAUGUUGUCACUGGUAAUACCUACGAGUUCGAAGAUGCGAGAAAAGAAAUCGAUGGGAAGGUGUCAUCGUCGACGAGCAGUAACAGAACGCAGGGCAUCAUAGAGAACGCUAAGUUGGGGCUCAGCGCUUAUAGAAGAACUGAGAGCGCGAACGCUAGUCUGUUGGUCGAAGCUGCUCUCGACGCUGCCGAAAGAGAUAUAGGAGCGGUCAGCAGCCCGAUAUUAGAAGAUAACGAUCGGGACACGAAUCUCUAUUCGAUCUCCAGUCAAUUGCAAUCCCCGAUACCUCAGAGGUCGCCGAAUCAUUUAGAAUCCUACAUACAACAGCAAGAGGAGCUGAUGUCUCCCGCGCCUACGCCAGAUGGUCGAAAUACACCGCCCACGCACUUGCACGUCGAAUACCAGUUGCAUCGACCGGUCGAUUACAUUGGAACGCCGAGAACGCAUAACAUCGAACAGUAUUUGCACCACGAGGAAGUGCCGCGUGUUUCGUCGCCGAACGGUUACAUGCAUAUUCAGCAAGAGGAUCUGGUGUCGCCUUCGGCGACACCGAAUCGAUAUCAAGACGUGCAUCAUCACCAUCACCACCAUCAUCACCAUCAUCAUCACCCGCUGUCCGACAAUUUGUCCGGCGACGAAGGUAAUUCGGUUGCCCAGAAUCUUAGUCUCUCGGUGAAGGAAAAGACGAUGCAAUUGGAUCUCUCGACGUCGUACAAAUACGACCCGCUCGAGCAAGAUUUCGCUAGAGAAAGAACAAGCUUCGAGCCCAUGGUGCUCAACGGCGAGCUUCAGGGUCUGGACAUGUCCGCCAGAGGGUUUCAUCAUGGUUUCGGUGUACAAAUGCAAAAUGCGCGGUACCACCAUCAUCAUUUGUACGAAAUCGCAGACAGACAAAGCGUGGAUCUCAGCAGAACUGGGAGUUAUUCGAUAUCGCCCACUCCGUUGUCCGGAGCCUCUCAAAUAUCCUCCGGUUCUUCGGUAACGGUAGCCGCGCCACAAGCACUGACAUCGAUAGCGCCUUCCUCGCCUCCUGUGCCACCUUCGGUACCCCCUCCGCAACCGUCUUCAUCUUCACCACCACCGAGUCCUCCACCACCACCACCGCCUUAUUCUCAUAACGACGUUCUGAGGGUGGUAAGCUUAGAUCUUACUCCCGGUGGACGGCACACCGUCGAUCUCACUCUCUCGAGACCUCAUCAUUUGCACGGAGCCGGGACUCGCGUGAUCACGAGCCCGCAAUCCGCAGGUUCCGCCAAUCCACAUAUCGUACCUGAUGCGGUCGAUGGCCGGAUUCUAUCAUCUCCACCACCGCCUUCUCUACCAGGAUACAAUCCAAGUUAUCCCGUGAGUCCCACUCCGUAUCAUCCACCGAGACCAGGAUAUCACCAUUAUUCCGGUUACUAUUAAGUAUCAGUCUUGUUAGUAGGUACGUAUCUUCGUUUUUUAUAUUCGGAAUUCUAAAGAUCCAAGACCGUGAGCUGAUCGAAAUGAAAUUUUCGUACGCGACAAUUGAAAGUGAACGCGCUUAAAAAAAGAAAAACUGAUGGAACUUCAGCUUUCGAAUUAAAGUACAAUUCUGGAACAGAGAUACGCACAAAUCUUGUAACAGAAACCAGUUACGUUAGGCCAUGUAGUUUUUGAGACGUUUAAGGCGCACGGUCGGAUUUAAUCAGCCGGUCGAACGUGAUCGUGUCGAAAAAGAUGUACAGUAAAAAGUGACAGUAUCUAUUAUUUUUGGAGUGAGCGGUAUUUUUUUAAACUGUUUACGAACAAAAUUGUAGAGAUUCGUUACGCGAUUAGGAGUACGACGCAUGAUCAUUAGGAAAAGACUAGUUAGUUUCUCAGUUGCACAUAUUUACGAUGCACACGUUCAUAUGGAAAUUCAUUAGUGGUUACAGUUUCUGUUAAUCGAUCGUAGAUUUGUUCGAAACGACUGUUACUUCGCGCGAAGUGUUACUUAACUGUUAACCCAUAUAUUCUUCUACUUCUUGGACAAUGGACAGGAUAGAAUUUGCGAGGUACAGUGGCAAUUACCAUAAAUUUUUGCAGCAGUAUUUUUCGGAAAAUUAGUCAACGAUUUAAGGUAAAAAUUUGUGGAGUCGGACGCGUGAAAUGAUCGGAAGAACUGCGAUGUUGUUCACGCGGAAAAAAGUGCUUACCUCUCGGGGAGAUAUCGUGAAUCGUUAUUUCAAUCAGUCGUGAAAAUUCACAAUGAAUCAAUCGAGUUGCCUAACGGUAGAUGUAAGUAUAUUUGCAUGGUGAUAACGAUUCCGAAGAAGAACUUGAACGUUCAUUUCCAUUCUAGUCAUGUUACAUUCGUGUAAACGUAAUAUUAGUUUUAAUGCCCGCCCCGAACGUUGCAGAUGAAUUAUUCAAUGAAUCAUUGUAAUCUAAUUUGCACAAACACACUUUCUCUUUAAAGUGUUCUUAGAGUAAAUAGAUACGAUAAUUUUAAGAUUUAUUGACGAUAAUACAAUCUACUUCGUUUACGAAACGUGUAAUUAUACAUAAUGUACGUAGUUCGCAGGUUUUUCAGAUCUUUUUUAAAUCAUUUGCGAGAACCAAAGAGUAAGAAAUCGUGCAACCUUUGUGCCAAAUCGAUAAGACAUUUAUCACUGUACUUAUAUGUACAUUUUUAACAUAAGCUCACCGAUUAUUUUGUAUUAAACAGAAAAUACUCGUAGCAUCAAUGAUCAGUAGAUUCAUAGUUAUAUGAAUUACGAACGCGCGCAAUGUACGUAUGAUGUAUGUAAGUGUAAAUGUAUGUAUAUAUUUAUAUACACGACAGUAUGUAUAUAAUUGAAUAGACGCGUGUACGUUGCACGUCCUUUUUCAAGUAACUCAACAAUAAGUCGUAAAACUAAAUUUUUUAUCAUUUUUAUCUGUUUAUUGCGGACGUUAAUUUAUUCAUUUUUUAUAUUGCAUACUUUUAUUUUCGAAAUUUGGGGCUUCCCGAACUUUGACUUUAUGAGACGAUCUAUAAUUUUUUCUCGUUUAAAAAGAAGAGGCAACAGAAAUAAUCAAGAAAGUAACGAUUUCUCUUCUCGUUCACCUAUUCAUAUACCGCUAGCUGUAAUUACACGAAACUUUAAACAACAAUGUUCACGAGUACAAAUAUGACAUGGAAUACAUUUGUAUCGGAUUUCUUAAUAUGACAAGAAAAAUUAAUAGAAUAAAAUAUUAAAAUAACAAGA